AUGGAGGAAAUCGGCGACCGCUUCCAGCAUAUGACUAAGACCUUCCUGGUUUGGAGACCCCCCCCUCCCAACGCCCCCAUCCUUGGAUGCCGGAGCCAACCGGCCAGGUUGGGUAGCUGCUGGGGCCGGGCGUCAACUUGGGGACGAGCGUCCCAGGCCCUCCCGACCCACAGCGAGGGCAACGGUCCAUCCGACAGAGCGAGCCUGCGACGCCAGGUGACCGGAGGGGACUGCGGUCGUUGGAGGCCAGCCAGGUGCCCGCGCGAGCGUCUCCCCCCCCGCCGCCUGGCCGCCGCCGUCCGCACUCGGGACGGCCUCUCCCCGGCGGGUGUGAGUGGCCCGGAACCCGGACGAAGGCGCAGCCGGCAGAGAGCCCGGGCCCCGGCCGUUCCCAAACCCGCGCCCACGCCCGCAGAGCGGACCCAGCGAACAGCAGGUGUCACCCUUCUGCUUGCAAAGCCCCGGCGCCUCCAGGUGCCUCGCGCCCUCCGCCAACGUGCGGCUGGGAGCCGUGGCCGCGCGCACCUGCGCGGCGCCCGCGGGGCGGGGGUCGCCGCGUCCCCGCGCGCCCCCGGCGGGCGGGGCCCCGGGCGGCAGGUGCCGGCAGGAGCCCGCGGGCUGCCGGAGGUCGACGCUCGGCGGCGCGCGGAGGUGAGGAGGGCGGCCGGCGUUUGCAAGUCCCUCCGAAACCUUCCCCCGGCCGUUUCCCGGGGCGCCGCCCGGGCUCGGGGCGGCGGCGCUCGCAGCAUGGCCCGGGGCCCGGCGCGCCUGCAGUUCCGCGUGCAGCUGCGCUUCGUGACCGAGGAGCAGCUCUUCGGGGCGGGGCCGCUGUCGCCCCCCAGCCCGAAGUGCCUGCGGCUGGAGGUGCACCCGGCGGGGGAGGAGGCGGACGCGACGGUGACCGACGCUGAUGGCGUCUGUGUCUUUAAAUGCUUACUCAACAGAGACACGGAAUGUUGCCGCGUGGGGAAGGAAUCCGUCUUGAUCACUCUGGGAUACAGCAGUGCUCUGUUGAAGUUUGAAUCUCACGCGGAUCUCAGCUCAUUUUCAAAUACCUUGAAAAGCUGCCGGAAUGAGAAAAAGGAGUCCUCGGUGUUCAGCCAGCGGACAGAAGAGGCAUCAGCCGUGCAGUAUUUCCAGUUUUAUGGCUGCAUUUCCCAGCAGCAGAAUAUGAUGCAAGAUUUUGUGAGGACAGCCACUUACCACAGAGCCAUCCUCCAGAACCACAUUGACUUUAGAGACAAGAUUGUCCUAGAUGUUGGCUGUGGAUCAGGAAUACUAUCAUUUUUUGCCGUGCAGGCUGGAGCUAGGAGAGUGUAUGCUGUUGAAGCCAGUUCUGUCGCACAGUACGCGGAGAUGCUGGUGAAAAAUAACCACCUUUCAGACAAGAUCAUUGUUUUGCCAGGGAAAAUCGAAGACAUCUCUCUUCCCGAAGCCAUCGACGUGAUCGUGUCCGAACCGAUGGGGUACAUGCUGUUUAAUGAAAGGAUGUUGGAGAGUUACCUUCAUUCCAAAAAGUGGCUAAAAGCAAAUGGAAUGAUGUUCCCGACCUUCAGCGACAUCCACUUGGCCCCCUUUUCUGACGAACAGCUCUACAUGGAACACUACUCCAGAGCCAACUUUUGGCACCAGCAGUGUUUCUAUGGGGUCAACCUGUCCAGUCUCCGGGGGGCCGCAGUGGACGAGUAUUUCAGGCAGCCGAUAGUGGACACGUUUGACGUUAGGAUUUUGAUGGCUCGGACGGUCAAAUACACGGUAAACUUCAUGGAUGCAGAAGAAGCAGAUCUGCACAGAGUAGAAAUCCCCUUUGUGUUUCAGAUGACACAGUCUGGCCUCAUCCACGGCCUGGCGUUCUGGUUUGACGUGGCCUUUGUUGGAUCUGUGGUAACUGUUUGGCUGUCGACAGCCCCAACUGAGCCUCUGACUCAUUGGUAUCAGGUGCGGUGCCUUCUCCACACUCCCCUCUUUGCCAAAGAAGGAGAGACCCUCUCAGGGAAAGUGCUGUUUGUAGCCAACAGACGACAGAGCUAUGACAUUCAUAUCGUGGCGCUGGUAAACCAGACAGGCUUCAGAUCUGGGAACAUCCUCGAUCUAAAGAAUCCUUUCUUUAGGUUUGCUUAGAAGAUAGUCCCAAGCCAGUCACUAAGUCAAAUGAAGGCCUGAGAAGCCCCUCGCCAUCCACAUUCAGAUUUCACGUUCCGAACGUGUACUCUGCAUCUUACAAGGAUGAUUAGGUUUAUUUAAAUUCUUUUUUUUUUUUUUUUUUUUUUUUUGCCCCCUGACUCUAAAAUGUGCCUCCUAGUUUUAUUGACAAGUCUGUUUCUUGGUGCUUCUUAGACUGGCUGUUUACAGCUUUCUGCAUGUGAGCUGAACAAAUAUUUUUUUUGUUGUUGUUUUCAAUGUGUGAUUUCUCUGUAUCAUUAUCUCGGUAAAGCCCACAGCAUUGCUUUCGUUUUUGACAUAUUUAAAAAUGGGAAUUUAACAAACCCCUACCUCAUGUUUAUAUGAAUGCGUAUGUAUGACAUAACCUAAGAGCAUGUGAGGAGUGAUCUUCGAUUGACCAUUUUAAGCUGUUCUCGCCAAUAUUUUCAGCACAUCAGCAGCUCAUCGCCAGCGCAGCCACGCGUGAAAGAAUUUCUGCCUUAUUCGUGUAGGGGAAUAAUACGAUGUCAGGAAUGCGCUUCCUCGGCAAUAUCUGACGACUGUGUGCAGUUAAGAAAAUAAAGAUGGAAUCUUUGUCAGCUCUCAUAGGUUUGCAAUAAAAACGUACAGCGCGAGAUACCA